UGAAUGAGCGCGAACGCGAAUCGAAUGAUCAGUGCUGAGCUCCAUCUCUCUUCAACAGGUAAUCUGAUUCUUCUGUUCCAAGUUGUAGUCAAACUUCUGCAUCAAAAUGCCUCGCGGAACAUCGUACGCUAACAAUUCUUAUAACCAAAGUCUAGGAAGGGUUGGUAUGGCCAUGGGCAGUGCUCCGGUAUCACGAUCUAGUGGCGGAGGAAGCUCAAGUGGUGGUGGUGGAAGUAGAUCAUAUGGUGGUGGAAGUAGUGGAUAUGCUAGUAGUUCUGGGACCACUAAUACCUACGUCGACAAUUCUUACAACCGUAGCGUCGGUAGAGUUGGCAUGGAACGUGGAAGCAUGCCAAUCUCAAAAGGCUCAAGUAGCUCUGGCAGUACUUCAAGUUCUGCAUGCAAUACCUACGUCGACAAUUCUUACAAUCGUAACUUGGGGAGAGUUGGCAUGGAACGCGGAAGCAUGCCCGUCUCGAGAGACUCAAGUAGCUCUGGUAGUGUUUCAAGUUCAGCAUCUACAAAAACCUACGUUGACAACUCUUACAACCGAAGCUUGGGUAGAGUUGGGAUGAAACUCGGUAGCAUGUCUGUCUCCAAAGGUUCAGAAAAUACCAACACAUACGUUGAUAAUGCCUACAACCGUAGUCUUGGUAGAGUUGGAAUGAAACGCGGAAGUAUGUCGCUAUCUAAAGACUCCAAAACAGUCAUGAGUAGUGAUAGUAAGAAGACGCAAGGCACUGUGAAAACAGAACCAAAGCUUUAUGCUGAUAACGCCAUGAAUAGAAAACUAGGUAGAGCUAAUCAACCUUUUGGUAGCAUGCCGGUAUCAUCGAAGAAAACUGAAACCGGUUAUAUGCAGAAUGCUUACGAUCACAUGGUGAAUAACCCAAAUGAAGAGUUUCACCCACCAUUCACAGCAGGUGAUCUCGAUGAAUUGCUGCAACAGCGUUUGACAGAGAUGUUCAAUCGCAUGGAGUUAUCGAGAAACUACGAGCUGGCUCCUGUUAGAAGCCCCUUCGAGUGGUACGAAGGUCCGGUUAUUCAGUUCAAUGACCUACAAAUUGGAAAGAUAAUUGGACAUGGUGGUUUUGGUGAUGUUCACCACGCCAAACUGAAGGGUAAAGAAGUUGCCGUUAAGAAGUUACGCGUCCAGCGUGUAAGUCAGAGGAAGUUGUCUCAGUUCGAAGAAGAAGUUCGAGUCUUCUGUAAACUGCAGCACAAGAAUAUCAUUACUUUCUACGGCGCAUGUAUCACAACACCAAAUCUGUGCAUCGUAAUGGAGUUCAUGGAAGGAAGUCUAUACGACAAACUGCACAUUGAACAGCACCAAUUCAGCGUUAAGGAUCAGAAGUUCAUCGCGAUGGAAAUUGCUGAUGGUUUGGUUUACCUGCAUUCAGAGAAUGUUGCACAUUGCGACAUGAAGCCGACUAACGUAUUGAUCAACGUUGGUGACGACAUAGACAAACACGAAGUGAAAAUCACUGAUUUUGGAUUGAGCAAGAUGAAAAACUACGCUGACUCAUCGCGCUCUGCCAGGGCGGAAGAUCUGGUGAAAGAGGUUGGCACUCCACGCUAUUCGGCACCCGAAGUUCUACGUGGUGAAUUUCUUGACACAAAAGGAAUGAUGUUUGCAGACGUGUAUUCGUUUGGUCUCGUCAUGUUUGAAAUAUUUAGCGGUGAAGAGGCUUUUGAUGAUUAUAAUGCUCAUCAAUUGAAGAAGCAUAUUGGAAAUGGUGAUCAUAAGCCCGACGUUGCUGGAUUGGAGCUUUCACGCCCAUUGCAGAAGUUAAUGUUGAAGUGUUGGGUUAGAAAUCCAACGGAACGACCAACAGCAAAGCAAUGUGUUUUGUCUUUGAAAAAAGCUGAUUAAUAAAUACUCUAAAGUAUCGAUUUAGAAUUUAGUACAUCGUUUCAUGCUUCUGUGUAUUUAGUAUUUAGAAUCAAACAAUUAAAGUUUAAUGGUUUGUUUUUCCUUUUGUUUUUCUGGUUUCAUGCGCAUGUUGUACAAAAUGUUUUAAUUUGACAGCAUGCUAAUUUCUUAGUUUGUACUAAGUAAGUGAUGAGUUUACAAAUGGUGACAGUUAAAAAACACAAAGAUUGAUUUUUAAAUUGUAUAAGAAGAAAACACAAUAAAGUAAUAAAAUUAAGUUAGGUAAAAUGUACAUAUUUUACAUAUAUAAUUCGAAAAAGUAUUUUAAACCAGUCAUACGUGUACACACCAACAUAUAUAUUAGUAGAUAAUGAUCAACAUGAAUACGCAAUGAGACAAGCGUAACUUACAAACUUGGCUAUAAAGGCCAUAAAGAGGACAAAUACAUUUUCUGUUACACUGAUACAUUACGAUCAUUUACUUAAAUGGCCGUGGCAUACAGUAGUACGAUUUUAUAUCCUAUCAUAUCACUUUUUAAUGUGUAAGUUUUUAAGAAGUUGAAUAUACCUAUGUUAAAUACGAAAACAAAUUGUAUUCGAAUUGAUGGUUUUGUUUUAUGUAUUAUUAUAAUAGAGUAGUUAUUAAACUCAUAUUUUUAUAUUCGCUAUAAAUAACCUAGUCUACUAAUACCAUAUACUAUAUACUAUAAUGUUAUUUUAUGUAAGCUUGUCUUUUAAUAACUUAAUUAUUACACUUAAUAAAAAUUAAUAUAGGAAUGCUUAGCGUUUUGUUAUUGAGUGAAUAAAUGCAUUUUAAGUUAUGUGAUAUGCCUGUGACCAUAGUAAUCUGACACUGCGAAACCCCUAACAGUACUUGUAUAUAGAAUAUUGUAAAUUUCUACGAAUUAAACCACCUUCUCCUCCAUUGAAGCCUAUUUGUCCAAUUAUAUCCUGCCACUAAACCAUGGCAACCCUUGGUUCCCACUAGGACGCAACGCAACGACGCAGGCGCAAUGUAUCGGCGCAAAGUGAUGCGAAUCGAGGGCGUAGCAGCUUCCAAUUGGGAACAGACGACUAAAACUUUCUGACGCUAGUCAACUUUUGCGUUGUUUGGAUAAAGUUAAAUUGAUUUAACUUUCCGCAAUGCAAGAUCGGAAACGCAAGGGAAAAGCACAUUUGCGCAUGUUCUAAACAUGAUAUUCAUGCGAGCCUUCAUAUCAUUUACGUUUUGAUGAAAAGUUGUCUGUGUAGGUAAGGAAUUGUAGCUUUCAUGUAGCCCUGUGUGUUUUUAUAGGUUGUGAUUCGGCUGUACUGUACUAAUAAUAGGGCAUAGGACUAACCUUCAAUACAUUACAAGAAGAUUUGAUUGGUGGCAGAAGGCUGAUUUUAUGUAUGAGAUAAAUUUACCUCUGUCUUUGUAUAUUGUACGACAAAGUCGUGUGAAGGUUUUGAAAAAUCACCAAAAUGAGAGUGGGGACACUGGGAUUAGCAUAAGCAUUGCCAAAAUAAUUGCCAAAACACC